CAAAUUUUCACAGGGAAUCAGUGACAGGGAAUAAAAUAUGUGUUUUUAGAACACCCAUAUCUGACGUAAUUUAUUAAAAAUUCUCCGUGACAAUAAAUGUACGGCCUUCACCCGGUAAUAUCAAAAUGAACAUGGCGACAGACAGAUGAGCUGGAUGGAUUUUAUCUGGGUUUCAGAAUUACUGCAAAUUAUGUCAGACAUUUGAAGAUUCACACAACUACUGACGCAGUUUACUGGACAAAUGGCGACAGACGAGUUAAGGCGCGUGGCCACUGUAGCGUGGAAAAGAUGUGCCUUGUGUGUGAAAAAUGAUUUGACGUUCAAAUCUCCGAGGGAGUUUUGCAGACAUUUGCGAGAGUACCACUGUAGCAAAGAAGGAGGGUCAUUCGUGUGUAGAUAUGGAAUGAAUAAUGUGUGUCCUUCACUUCCAGUUGAAGGUGUGAGUGACAAGGAUUAUGAAGAUCAUGUUGCACGAGAUCACGUUUGUAUUGAAAUAGCCCCAUUUAAACCACUAAGUCAGAACAGUGAUAGCAGUGGCAGCUCGCGGAGUUCUACCCCUGUCCCAACCCACAGCGAGCCCUCUGUGGUCCAGGACCAGUACAAGUGGACUGUGUACCACUCCAAGGUCAAUCUCCCUGCUGCUCUCAAUGACCCAAGACUGGUGAAGAGAGAAUCAGAUUUUUUUACCAAAACAUGGGGAGAGGCAUUUGAUAAAUCGGACAUUCACCCUUCUCCCCACUUGCCUGAGAUAACGAGAGAUCAUUUUAUGAGAUAUAUUAGAAAGAUAUCACGGCGACAUAAGACCCAUGUGAAGAACAAUGAGACUUUGCCAGUGGCAUCAGCUGAUGUUGGAAAGAGCUGUCUUCCUGUUGAUUUGUUUCCUGCUUUAGCUGCCAGACAGACAGAUAAGUCAAGGGUAGAACUUGAUCAGAUUCCAAAAACCUUUCUUAGUCCCUCUUUCUCACUGGAGAACCCUGACACAUUUAAUGACGUAUUUCCCUGGGCUCAGAUUGAGGCUACACGUCAUGGAGAUGAGGGACCAAAGCAGUCUUCAAAAUUACUACAGGAAAAGAUGAGCCACUAUCUUGAUAUAGUAGAGGUUCAGAUAGCCAAGCAGAUCUCAUACAGGUCUGAGGCUUUCUUCCAUGCUAUGACAUCACACGAUGAACUACAAGAAUACAUGACCAAAACAUGUGCAGCAAUUAAACAUUUGAGAGACCGCAUUCACCAUCUAGAUUCUGUACUAGUGAGGGGGCCUCUUACCAUUAUGAAACUGACAAAGACAAGGUCAAAUUACGCCAAGUUGUAUAACAAGUUGAAAUUGAUGGCCACCAUUCACCAGACACAGCCUACAAUACAAAUGCUGCUGUCCACAAAUGAGUUUGUAGGUGCCUUGGAUCUUAUCACCACAACUCAGGAGGUACUGUCUCAGGAGCUGGCAGGAAUACACAGCUUUAGACAUUUAGGCUCUCAGCUGGCAGAGUUGGAAAAAGUCAUUGACAAAAUGAUGCAGGCAGACUUUGUGAAAUAUGCCACAGCAGAUCUUAACAGACCAUUGGAGGACCGACAAAAUUCAUCUGUAGGGCAUAAGCAUCACCCUAUAAGACCUUUAAAUGAGGAAAAAUUAGUAGCCAUAGUAUUUGGUAUGUUAAGGCAACACAAGUAUAACUUCAUUGAUGUGUACAGAGAAGAAGCUUGUACAGCUAUGAAGGCAGCAGUCAAGCAGACGGUUGUUGAAGCUGUUUCCACGGCAGAUGACAUAAAUGUAGAGGGCGCUGUAGGUAGCCUGGCAGACCAGAUGAGAUUGCUCAACUUUCCACAGUGGAUGGAACUGCUCAAUGAAAUCUUUGAAAAUCUUACAGUGAUUCUCAGAAGAGUGAAGGCAUUCCAUGAUGUGAUAAGUGAGGUGAUCAAUGUGGCUGCUGGGAGAAAUGUCCACACACAACACAGGAAGGUGGUAGAAAAUGGUGCUCAACAUAUACAUGUACAAGAUGGCCGACCUCAGGAAGGGGAAGAUACAAAUGAUGAGGAGGAACAGGAAGAAAGCAGCACUGUUCUUUCCAGGUCUAUUUCAUUACAUGAUGAAGAUGCAGACAUAAUGGUCGCAGAACCAGAGUAUGUGAAAGCUAUGAAUAAUCUCAAAGACUUCUUGUGCCAAACAUGUGAACAUGCACAUGAUAGAUGUGUGAAGGUUAUAGUGGCCAGGGCUAAGGAUGGUUUCUUGGAGAAGAUUGGCUCCAAUGAUUUUGUCACCCUUGCCAGUGCCAUAGAGAGGUUUGCCAGUGAGUGUGAACACAUCUGUGGCAGGAAAAGCAUGUCUCUUAGAGGAAGUUUACAAAGUCAGGCAAACCGUUUUGUCAACAGAUUUCAUGAAGAAAGGAAGCAAAAAUUAAGCAAUAUAUUAGAUAUUGAGAGGUGGAAACAAGCAGACGUUCCUGAAGAAUUUCAGGACUUGGUAGACCACAUCUCUGCCACAGGUAAAUUGUCUCCUGCUAAGAAGGUAGAUACAGAGAAGAGGUCUGCGUCCAGCACGUUGCGUGUAGGUGGUGAGGAGUACACUGUGGUGGGGACAGUACUGAUACUGCUGAAGAUCAUUGUGGAAUACUGCCAGUGUGUGGAGGAUAUCCCCACCAUCACACCAGAUAUGCUCACCAGACUGGUAGAUAUUCUUAAGACAUUUAACUCCCGUACCUGUCAGCUGGUUCUUGGAGCGGGAGCACUGCAGCUUGUGGGACUGAAAACUAUUACUACCAAAAAUUUAGCCCUGGCCUCCAGAUGUCUACAGUUGAUCGCUUUCUACAUUCCCAUGGCCAAGGCUCACUUUGAAAUUAGACUACCUGCCAAACAACUCAAUAUGCUCAAGUACUUCGAUCAAGUUUUAAAGGACUAUAAAGACCACAUAUCAGAAAUUUCCAAUAAAUUGGUGGCAAUCAUGGGAGGAAUGUUUGAGCUGCAGCUUUCAAAGUGGGAAGUGAAAGCACCCAUGCCAUCUGCCUGCUUCAGAGGGGUGUGUAAACAAAUUGGGAAAUUCCAUGAGGCCAUAAAUGAACUUUUACCAGAACAACAAGUCCAGGAUUUAUUCAUGAGUAUCAAUUUGGCCUUCAAACAGCAUCUAAAGCAGCAGCUAGCAAAACUAGGAGUCAGCAAUGACAACGGUCCAAAACAUGGGUUGGUGAUGGCAGACCUGGCCUUCUACACUGGUGCUAUGAAGUCCCUAGCAGGCUUAGGAAGCCUUGACUACAACAUGGAGAGUUUAUGGACAUGACAGAUAAGAAAGGGGGAGACAAAAAUGUCUCAGUCAGCUGGAACACAACAGAGAGAUAAAAUUGUCUCACAAAAUUGGAAUGCAAGUUUAGAUUAAAUGUGAUAUUUAUACGCCAGUUGUUAUACUUUCAAGUACUCUUGCACUAGUCAAUACGUUCAUUCUAAUGUGUCCAGAGAUUAUUUUCCUGGUAAACUAUCCAAAAUGAAAACAGUUUUGUUAGCCAAUGUUCCAAUUUUAAAGUAUGGCUGUCAUUUUAAGUAAGUGAAGACUUUUUACUGUUUCAGUUAUAUAUUAUUGUGUUCUCCAUAGAAUAAUACCACUUAUGCAAAGUGUUCAAUUGGGAAAUAUAUGGUCUCAUUUGAAAUAUAAUACACUGGGAAAGGAAAUGUUAAGUUGUCAAAUGGUGGCUAAAGCUUUUUAUUUUUAUUUUAUUCCUUAGUUUUUCAGAGCCAAGGCUCUAAGUGUUGUGCAAUUUUGUAUAUUAAAUAUUUUAUUAUUCCAUCAAUAAGACAUCAGUCUGUUUCAGAAUGGUUAUUUAAGAUACUAAAAUAUCAGGAACAUAAAGAUGUAAUAAAACAUAGGUCUGGGUGUGACCAGCACUUAAA